GGGUGUAUGUUUUGGUGAAUGCACUGUGGCGUGUAAUCGUCGCGAUGACGUGAUGUGCAUGGCGUCGCUGUGUUUUUGUUGAGCAGUCGAAAGAGUGUUGCUGCCAUAACGAGUUAACUAGCUCACUGGGUUGCUUCCGUGAGGACGUGAAGGUUCGUUAUUGCCGCAGAAGGCAAAAUAGUUUGAUACGGAAAUAAAUAGGAUGUAAUGUUUAAGUUUGUUUCGAGUGCGGUGUGAGUUCACCCGGCCAGGGUGAGAUGUACUUCCAGUCCAAAUGAGCUCAACUAUGUGGUACAUCAUGCAAAGCAUUCAAAGUAAAUAUUCUCUGUCUGAGAGGCUGAUAAGGACGAUUGCUGCCAUCCGCUCAUUCCCCCACGACAAUGUUGAAGACCUUAUACGCAAGGGGGCAGAUGUCAACCGGAUGCACGGCACUCUGAAGCCUCUUCAUUGCGCUUGCAUGGUGGCGGAUGCUGACUGUGUUGAGCUUUUGCUGGAGAAGGGAGCUGAGGUAAAUGCACUGGAUGGGUAUAAUCGCACAGCGCUGCAUUAUGCUGCUGAGAAGGAUGAGAGCUGUGUGGAGCUACUGCUGGAGUAUGGUGCCCAGCCCAAUGCACUGGAUGGCAACAAGGAUACGCCCCUGCACUGGGCUGCCUUCAAGGACAACCCAGAGUGUGUGCGGGCUCUGCUGGAGAGUGGGGCCUGCCCCAACGCCCGCGACUACAACAGCGACACGCCGCUCAGUUGGGCCGCCAUGAAGGGCAACCUGGAGAGUGUGCGCGUGCUGCUGGAGUACGGCGCCCAGGUGCACGUCACCAACCUGAAGGGCCAGACUCCCAUCUCGCGGCUGGUGGCCUUGCUGGCGCGUGGCCUGGGCACGGAGCAGGAGGAGGAGUGCCUGGAGCUGCUGUGUCGGGCCGCCGGCCUCUUCCAGAUCCGCCGCGCCGACGGCUCGUUGCCCCGUGAGCUCACCAAGGAUCCCCAGCUGCUGGCCCGCCUCACCAGUAUGGUGUCCCAGCCACCAAGUCUGCGGGGCCUGGCCCGGUGCGCUGUCCGCCAGAGUCUGGGCGUGCAGUACCUGCCUACAGCUGUCAAGCAACUCCCACUACCUGAGUCUGUCAAAGAGUAUGUACUGCUCAGAGACUGACAGCCCAGAGGCUUGCUCAGGAAUAGCAGUAUAGUAGGAAUAGCAGUACAGUGAGUGGGGAGAGAGACUGCUUAUAGUACAAUGUAAAGGAGCAAUUGGUUGUAUACAAUACUGAAAAAAAGUCUAUUGUUCAUUUCGUUGAAAUAGUGUGAUGGCAAGUGUCUGUGUCUAGUAAGCUGUUGUAUGCGUCUACAAGAUGAGUGACAGUCAAGUGCUUCCAACUCUAUUCUCCUGAUCUCAGUAUGUGAUCCUGCAUUGAUCUGGAUGCAGUGAUGAGAAAGAUGUUUAAAGGUAUGCACAUUUAUUUUUUAUUGGAAGAAUAGGAAUUUGUUAUCUGAUAUACACAAAUUUUCAUGGAUACAUAGCAAAUUUGACUUUUUAGCUACAUUUGGAUUAUCCCUUUCCCAAUAAUUAUUUUAAGUGGCACAGAUAGCUCCUCUAUUUCAGAAAGAAUUUUUAUGUUCUAGCACUUGAAGUUAUUACUUGCGAAUGCUUGUAAAUCAUAUGUAAACAUGUUGCUGUGUAUAUAUAUCGCAGAUCAUGGAAGAUGGUCAAUUUUUUGGUCAGGUAAUUAUUCUUUAAGCAUGCGUGCAGUCUUUUACAUUUAAAUAAAUGUUAUUCUUUUCUGUGAACAACUUAUAUUUUAGUAAUGUUAAUACAUUUUUGUUUCCUCUGGUGCUCAUAGGAAUAAUGAUAACAAUGUUGUCACUAUGUAAAAAAAAUUCUUCUUUGCAAAACAUGUAUUGUUUUGACAACUUAUUUCCUACUCUGCUCACAAGCAGUUUAUUCAUUGGAUAUCUUAAAAGGAUGAAUGUGAGAUCUGAAGAAUGGCAUGGUUUGUGAAUAAUCUUAAAUAAUCUUAACUGUCUGAAAUGUAGCUUCAUCUUUGGUGUCUGGCUUAAAGUAUUCUCAGUUGCUUUGUCUUUGUUUCUUUGCUGCUACUUUUUUUUUCAUUUGCAGUAACUGUUAACAUGUUAUGUUUGGACAUGAACUUAACUCAAGCAUACAAAAUGACUUCAUGGUAAAUUCAGCUGAAAAGAAAUAAGUCAAAUGUACAGUCAACCGAAAAGUGCAUUCUUCUUUUGUUAUACUGAAAGUAAAAGUCUUUCCACUUGUCAUAAUCAGUG